AGAAGGAAGAGAGAGACAAGAAACGUGAAAAUCUUACUAAUAGAGAAAUAACGACCAAUGAAUGUGACGUGGAGAGAUAUGGACUUUGUGUUGACGAGGAGUUCAAAACAUCUCGGUGUGACCCAAGGGAAGCCGUGAAACCAAACGUAAGCUUCGAGACACAUGUUCACGUGAGUCAGGAAGGUCUUCAGAUGACUGGUAAUGACGUCGGCUGCUUCGAGAGAAUAACAGGUGGUGAUGGUAACGACAAGACUGACUCUGAGACAAAAUGCUUGAUCGAGAGGGACAACUUUGUGAUAGACAGUUGUCCUGACAGUAGUACGCUCAAGAUCAACGGUGAUAAUGAUAACAUGAGCCCCAAGGUCAACGGUAAAGUCAACGGAAGCCUCAAGACCAACGGUAACAUCAAUAACACUGGCCGCUUGGACUCGACUCCACCAAGGCGUUACGAUCCCACCCAAGAGGUCAUUUUCCCACCAGAACUGAAGGUGAGUGACGACCUGGAUAGACAGACACUGAUGUUCCAAGGUCCGCGGGUCACCUACUGGCGCCCCACCUCCUUCACCCACCUCGUCACCCUCAAACACCAUCACCCACACGCCAAGAUCAUCGUUGGCAACACUGAAGUUGGUGUUGAAGUCAGGUUUAAGAAUCAGUUGUACCGAGUCCUUAUCAACCCAAGUAAGGUUCCCGAGCUGACGAGUGUGGUGGUGCAAGGAUCAGGAGUGGUAUUCGGUGCGUCCGUCACUCUCACCGCCGUAUACGACGUGCUCAGGCAACAAGUCAAAACUCAGCCAGAACACAAGACACGGACCUUUUCAGCCAUCCUGGAGAUGCUUAACUGGUUUGCAGGGAAGCAGAUCCGCAAUGUUGCCAGUCUCGGGGGUAACAUCAUGACCAGCUCACCCAUCAGUGACCUCAACCCUAUACUGCUGGCUGGCGGGGCGUCCCUAAACUUCACCAGUCUCCAGGGAGGAGAACGGCGGGUAGUGAUGGACGACAAGUUCUUCACAGGCUACAGGAGGAACGCUGUUCGUCCCACAGAAGUAUUGGUGUCCGUUCACGUCCCCUUCACAUGCCAGGAGGAACACAUUCAGUCCUACAAACAGUCCCGUAGACGUGAUGACGACAUUGCCAUCGUUAACGCUGCCAUGAAGGUGAGGAUGAUCCCACACACCACCACCGUCCACCAUCUCUCUCUCGUCUUCGGUGGGAUGGCUGCCACCACCGUCAUAGCCCCUAAUACCAUGAAGGAGUUGGUGGGUUGUUCCUGGGAUGAUUCACUACUGCCGAAGGCGACACAGCUGCUACUGGAGGACCUGCCCCUUGACCCUUCGGCUCCAGGAGGGAUGGUGGAAUAUCGUCAAGCUCUCACUCUGAGCUUCUUCUUCAAAUUUUACCUGAGCGUGCGAAGGUGGCUGAGUGAGUGUGUGCCGGCCCAGGUAGACCCACUCACUGAAGACCAGCUGACCGCCAUCAGGCUCUACCACAGGCCUGCCACCUCUACCUCCCAGACCUUCCAGCAGGUGCCAGAGGACCAAAAGGAGCAUGACCUCGUAGGCCGGCCAGUGGUUCACACCUCCGCUUACAAACAGACGACAGGAGAGGCUGUUUAUGUGGACGACUUACCCCGCCUGGAGAAUGAGUUACAUGCUGCCCUCGUUAUCUCCUCCCGAGCCCACGCCAAGAUACUCAGUAUUGACGAGACACACGCCCUCGAGCUGGAAGGCGUGGAGGCAUUCUUCUGUGCCCGAGACCUACCUGGUGAAAUGAAUGUGACGGGUGUGGCGACCAUGGAUGACCAGGUGUUCGCGAAGGAGAAGGUAGAGUGCGUGGGGCAAGUGGUGGGGGUGGUGGUGGCUCGGGACCACGCCAGGGCACGACAGGCUGCUUCACUUGUCCGUAUCUGUUACCAAGACCUCAGCCCCCCCAUCAUUACUAUUGAGGAUGCUAUUAAAGAGGAGUCGUGGUGGGGGCCGUGGACCAUCAGGCGAGGCAGUAUGGAGGACGGGUUCAACAUGGCCACUAACACCCUGGAGGGUGAGAUGCGCAUUGGGGGACAAGAACACUUCUACAUGGAGACGAAUUCUCACAUCGCUGUCCCUAAGGGUGAAGACGGCGAGCUUGAGAUGUUCUCGUCCACCCAGAACCCUUCUGGAACCCAGCAACUGGUGGCAAAGGCCCUGGGACUCCAAGCCAAUAGGGUGGUGGUGCGAGUGAAGAGGCUUGGCGGGGGUUUUGGUGGCAAGGAAACCCGAACUAGUGUUGUUAGUGUACCUGUCGCAGUGGCUGCUGCUCGGCUAAACAGGCCGGUGCGUAUCUGGCUGGAGCGUCAUGAGGACACGCUGGUGACAGGAGGGCGGCAUCCCUUCCUGUGCAGGUGGAAAGUAGGGUUCACUCCAGAUGGACGUCUUACCGCCCUCCAAGCUCACAUUUACGUUAAUGCUGGCUGCACUCUCGACCUGUCUACCUUCCUUGUGCAAAAGGCUCUGUUUACAUUUGACAAUGCCUACAACAUCCAGAAUAUGUGUGUGACGGGUUAUGCUUGCAAAACAAACCUCCCGUCUAACACCGCCUUCAGGGGUUUUGGGGCACCACAGGCUGUCAUGUUCAUCGAAGACAUAAUAUCCCAGGUGGCAGCCUUUCUCAAAAUGGACCCUGUCCAGAUACAGGAGAGGAACAUGUACCAGGCAGGGAAUAAGACCAUCGUAGGGUACAGACUAGACCAUUGCACCAUCACUCGCUGUUGGCGUCAGGUUAUGGACACUUCCCUUGUCCACGUCCUCAAAGCCUCUGUCCAGAAGUUCAACCGUGAGAACACGUAUAGGAAGCAAGGACUGGCAGUCACUCCAGCACAGUUUGGAAUAGCAUUUGAGCGCUUCUUUAACCAGGCCGGGGCGCUGGUGCACAUCUACACCGACGGCUCCAUCCUGCUCACCCACGGUGGCAUCGAGAUGGGCCAGGGACUCCAUACAAAGAUGAUCCAGAUAGCAUCCCGGGUGUUGGGUGUGUCGGCUGAGAACAUCUACCUGAGUGAGACUGCCACUGACAAGGUGCCCAACACCACCGCCACCGCUGCCUCCGUCUCCACCGACCUCCUUGGCAUGGCCGUCAUGAAGGCGUGUAAUGAGUUGGUGUCGCGCUUGCAGCCCUAUGUAAACAAGGACCCUGCAGGCACCUGGAAGGACUGGGUGAAUGCUGCAUACUUUGACCAGGUCUCACUGUCUGCCACCGGCUUUUACAAAAAUCCAUGCAUAAUAGACUUCGACUUUGAGACCAUGACAGGUCGACCCUUCAACUAUUAUGCCGCUGGUGCUGCUGUUACCAAGGUGGAGGUGGACUGUCUCACUGGCGACCACACAAUCCUGCGGACAGACAUCGUGAUGGAUGUGGGAAACUCCCUAAACCCAGCAGUGGACAUCGGGCAGGUGGAGGGAGCUUUUGUGCAGGGUACAGGGCUGGUCACCAUGGAGGAACUAUGCUACUCCCCCGAAGGCGUCCUCCUCACGCGAGGCCCUGGGGCAUACAAGAUCCCAGGGUUUCAAGACAUACCUUGUGAAUUUCAUGUUUCACUACUGAAGGAUUCUCCUAACCCACAGGCAGUGUUCUCCUCUAAGGGAGUGGGAGAGCCGCCACUCUUGCUGGCAGCAUCGGUGUUCCAGAGCAUCAAGGCGGCAGUGGGGGCAGCACGCCAGGACCACCACCUUGAUCCAGUUUUCCGUCUAGAUUCCCCAGCAACAGCUGAACGUAUUCGUCUAGCCUGCCAGGAUCCUCUCAUUCACAAGGUAAAACUGCCAACUCACAAGACUACCAAGCCUUGGUCAGUUACUGUGUAGGUUAAGGAAGACAGAGAUCCCUACCAUUCACUGCCUGGCCAAACUAGUGCUAACUGUUACAACCUUUUUUCCCAUUAACACUUAGGCCCACAGGUAUGCAAUGAUAUAUUGUGUUUCUCAGCUUUUGUUGAAUUUGGUAACUUAUCCAGUACCCUUCAGAGUAAUGGCUUCCACAUGAAUCACAAAAUCAAUAUCUCAGGGUGAUUAACAUUACAGUUACCAAUUUGUCCCGAGCCAGACAACCGAGUUACACUGCUGAACUAUUAUCAUUAGAUUAAAAGAAAUGAAAGACAGUGGACAUGAACUAUUCUUGCAAUACAGUGAAAUUUAUUGAACUCUAAGACAAUUGAUCUUCCGAGUUCGUAAUUAAUCAGACUGAAUGCCAUUUGAUUUCUCUCGGGUACACUUUCUGGCAACAACUCAAUUUGCAAUUUUGAUGCCAUCUUCAGCAUUAGUUUGAAGGAUCACUGCUUAAGCUCAGUACUUGAAUGACAGUUUUACUUCUGGUAUGCAUCUGCUGUCUUCCCUCAUAGGAUACUGCAAUAUCUGGUUUACUAUUAUGAGAAUAUUUUUUACCAGAUGAAAUAAGUUUGCAUUGCCUUGUUACAUGUCUGACCACUGCAUUAAUCUUGAACCAAGUAAUAAGGUAAACUAUGAUAUAUAAGCUUGUAUUUCUACUGUCAUAUUAACAACACCUGUAGAGACAAUAGAUAAGUCAGUAGUUCAAAUGUUAAAGGAAGUGUUGGUUAUACAGCAGAUAUAAAAUCUUCAUCUUUGCUGUCAGAUUAUCUCAUUAGUUUUUUCUUUAGUUUAUUUGCACACACUUACUACUCCAUAAUAGUGACUCAUGAACUAAGUUAUAAUGAAUGUUACUACAUUUAGUGAAGUUAAGCAAGGGAUGCCAGUAAUGUUGUUCUACUUCCCAUAUGCACUGUUAAUUGGUAAUCACACUGGGGAUUAAAUAUUUUUGUACUAUUCCCAGUGAGGAUUGCUCUUUUUAUAUACCGGUACAUAUACUAAAUUAAAGACUCAGAAUUUCCCUUCCGCUGGGUAAGGUAUUAAUAAGUAUGGAAAACUAGACAGUGUUUCCACAUAAUUGUUGACAGAUUUUCUACCAGGGUAUGACUCCCUUCUCCUGUCACCUUGAGUCUCUAUCACCACCAACAACUGAGUAGAAUAGUCUUAUAAUUUUAUUGUGAAAAGUAUUAUUAUAUUUCUAAGGCUUGUCUACCAUAACAUAUUUCUAUUAAUACAGUAUUUGGAAGAAGCACAAUGGUCAAAAUAGGCUUUAGUAAUGUAAUUAUUCCCAUUUAUUUAAGACUUCACAUAGGAUAUAGCAGUUUUCUAUACUGUAUUACAGGACAGUGACUUGCACUACACAGGGUUCUACAGUAUGAUUGAGAAAAUUUUGAUAUAGUACAGUAAUAUCUCCGUUAGCCGGAAUCCCUCAAACCCGGAACUCUCCGAUAGCCGGAAUUGAAAUUUUCUCAAAAUACCGAGAAAAAAUUUCUGAUACCAGGAAAAUUCCGGGGAUGUAGUGUUUUUCUGGGUUUGAGAGAUGAAAAUCAGGUGCAUUUUCUGGAAAUUCUGAGAAAAAUUUCAAUUACCUGGAAAAUUCCGGGGACGAGGAAAUUUUUAACUGCUUUGAGAGAGUCCUCUCGUUACCCGGAAAUCUCUCAUUUCUGGAAGUGCUCUGCACCAAUUGUUCAGGUUAACGAGGAUAUUACUAUAGUUCAGGUUCAGAAUAAAUCACUUCACUGGGGUCCUUGUGCUUAAGAUAAGAUAUGGUUUAAAUAAAUCAGACUAGGUAAUCAAGUGACUUUUUUAAUAAAUGUAUGCAUGAUUAUGAGAAAUUCCUCUUUAAUAGUACAAAAACAAUUUAGCUUGGUAUGAAAGAAUAAAGUACAAUACUGUAUAGUGCAUAACACAGCAGUACUAUAACCAUUUAUAUCUUCCAUUGUUCAACAAACUAAUUUCAAAUCUGAAAUUGGUUGCAGGCCAAUCUAUUGUUUCAAGCGAUUCAUUAGUGUAUUAAAUGUUUCAUACCAGUACACACCGGGUAUCUUUUUGUAUUACACUUCAUUGUGUGAAAUUGUAUCUUCAUAAACGCAGAUACAUAUGA